GCGGGAGAAAGCUGUGUCCUUCUACCGGGACCGGGUCCUGGCCCUGGCAAUGACUACGGGCAACCGCAAGGCGGCGCUGCAGCUACAGCUGUGCAACAAGCUGGUGGCACUGCUGGCCACACUGGAAAAUCCCCAGGAGUGCUUGGAGUUUGCCUACGUGGCCCUAGCACUCAGCAUCACUCUGGGGGACCAGCUGAACGAGCGCAUGGCCUACCACCGGCUGGCCGCCCUGCACCAUCAGCUGGGUCAUGGCAAGCUGGCAAAGCACUUCUACCUCAAGGUCCUGUAGCUCUGCAACUCGCCGCUAGAGUUCGACGAGGAGACCCUCUACUACGUGAAGGUGUACCUGGUGCUCGGUGACAUCAUCUUCUACGACCUGAAGGACCUGUUUGAUGCAGCCGGGUACUACCAGCUGGCACUGGCAGCCGCCGUGGACCUGGGCAACAAGAAGGCACAGCUGAAGAUCUACACGCGGCCGGCCGCCAUCUCCCACAACUUCCUCCUGGACCGUGAGAAGUCGCUCUUCUUCUACCAGAAGGCCAGGACCUUCGCCACAGAGCUCAACGUCCGCAGGGUCAACCUGCCUCCUCUGCCACUCUGCGGGUGGGCCCCCUGGUUGGCCCCCAGCCACCCUCGCUGAGGACAGCAUCCGAGGGAGUGGGUUUUGUGCAAGGAGGAUGGUCUCCUCCCUCUC